AUGGGUAAACCAAAGGGAUCAACAAAGCCCCGCCCUGUUAAAGGGCAAAGCGAUCUGUUAUCCUGUUUUCGCCGCCAGGCCCUUCGUCAAAAGGAAGAGACAGAGGCAAGGUUCUCAUCGGAAGAAAAGCGUCAAUCAAAACCAAUGACGAGUACUAGUACCAGUGCUUCUAUCAGUGCCGGUGCUACUAGUAUUAAAGGCCAGCCUGUGAAAUCCAAACGCAAAGGACAAAAUGGUGACAAGGAAAGAGUGGCUCUCGGAAAAGAAAAGUCAAUGCCCAAGAAAAAUGAAGAAACCGAGGACGAUGUGCCCUUGGCGUCAUUGUUGUUGAAACGCCCCAAAACCCAUCAUGCCAAGACUUCAUCAACCUCUAGUAGUAGAGUUACAAGUGCACCCACUGUGAAACCUCAGAGGUCCAAGAAAAUUGGCAGCACAGUCGCCUCUAACAAGCCAAGCAAGACACGCCCUGCUACAAAAACCUCCAGUAUGGACACUGCUUUGCAGUUUCUAGACCGAAAUACCAAGAAGCGCAGUCAAACUGACCUCACUUUAAAAGAUGUAAAAAAGCACACAUCCAAAUCGCGCAAGAUGGAGGCUGCUAAAAAGGAGAACAAUACUGUCUGCGAGGAAACUAAAAGUGCUGAAGUGGUCAGUACUAGUACUUUGGACAAUGCCAGUGUGAAAGAAAUCAAACAAGAGGCUCUUCUAACAGAAGAAACAAAGGAGACAGGUAGCAAUCCACCAGACCAAGACUUUCAGCCCACACUCCGAAGGAGCCAUAAUUUGGUGCACCAGUUGGUCGAUCGUUCCGUACUGGGAAGCCGUGGAAGAACUAUUCAUGAUGGGCACCGUUUGUCCCAGUCAUUGCAAGUGGAUAGGCAAAAGCCAGCCCUAACGGCAAAGCAUGUCUCUUGGAUUGGGUUAGGUAACGAUGUCGACAGCACCCAAACCAAGAACAUUGAAUGUAUGGCUUGGGAUUCCAUGGGGGUCUUGUUAGCAGUCGCCCAGACUUGCAAUAUCACCAAACAAGGAUGGAUCGAAAUUUUUGAUUGGGACUCGGUGGUGGCCGCCGACCUGCGAGCCCGAAACGCCCGUGCGAGAGCUCUUGCCAACAACGACAAAGCCAAGUUUCGUCUAGAUGUUCCACCCCUCUUGCAGUUUCGGAUUCCCGCGGUUGGUGAUUCGACAACUGCUGCCUCCUCCAAGAAGAUUCCAUGGAUCAAAUGGAAUCCUCACAAUCCCGAUCAACUGGCUGUUCCCAGCCGUUGUGGCUCGGUUGUGUUCUGCUUCAAUGUCUCCCACAUCGAAGCCGCAUUGGCCAGUGCUCCAACCAAUCGGAUUCACAGUCCACCCCGGCAUUCGUAUUGGGAAUUCAAACCCAUACAAACCCAACAUGCAACAGCAUCCGCUAGUCUCUUUGUGGAAACUGAUGUGAUCCUUCUAGCAUUCGGGGCAACCCUGGAUUGUUGGCGCUAUUACCCCAAACGGGAUCCAACAAGCGUCGCACCAAAACUCAAAUGGCAAUAUGCAUUCCCAUUCAAAAAGCCUUCGCUGCUCAAUCGAGCUUCCGUCGUCACCAUGGAAGCCAUUGGUAAGGAGCACAUAAUUGCCGGAUCUUCUCAUGGUCACUUCGCGUUGAUCCAGUGGAAACGAGUGGUACAAGCUGGUGCUAGCAGUGCCUUCUCGUUGACGACCGCUACAAAGCGCUCCACACCUACGGUUGUGGCAUUCUGGCUGUCGCACUCCUCGCUCAGUAGCAGUGCUGGUCAGCAAUUGAUUCCACCUGAGCACACUCAAGACCCUUCCAUUAUGGGAAUCCAUAGCAUUCGGGUGGAACCACUCUCACAUCACCUACAAUUUGUGGAUGAAAGUGGCAAUGAAGCAAAUCGAAACGACACAAAGAGCAAACGACAAUCCUCCAAUUCGUACGAACAGCUCUGUGGCAGGUUCCGCAUUCAAUGGAUCACUCGAUGCGGUUGGUGCUUGUCUGUGACGUUAGUAGCUUCACCCUCAGGUCAGUGGCAGCAGUACAAGGUUCGACGGCAAGCUCCUCGAAUUUUGCAUCAAACGGCUCCUGUUCACACCAAGCUUGCGUCUGGUGGCAUUGUUACGACGGCCAAGAAGGAAUGGUCUUUACCAACAGAACCAGUGGCGGCUGAUGCAGGAGCAUCGUUUCUUUGUUGGCAAAAUGUGGCACCUGUCACGCGCAUUCUUCCGCAUCACGAUAAACGAGUUCUCGAUGAACAGCCGAGUCUUUCACGGGAUGUCAACAAUUCCAACCAGUUGCUUUUGAUGCUGCCUAAGAUACCUGGGAACGGACAGAUGCCAAUAGUACAUCAGCCGAACAAUACUAGAACGGCUGAUACUACCACCCUUCUGCCUCUCCCCAAAAGAAGGGGUUUAGCAAAGUUAGUGGCAUUGGACCCAACUCAAGAGUGGGUGGUCAUUGCAACCAACAGGGAGAGUCUCUACAUUGUCAAUCUACGGCCAAAGCUCCUACUGCAGAUUACUGAGUAG